AUGGACGAUAUUUUGAUAGAAUUGUCCGAUACCGAUUUGGAACAGUUGGUAAAAAUGUACGAAAAACACCGCAAAGAGUUGCCCUAUUUGUACAGCUUUUUGCACAUUUGCGUGAAAUCGAAAAAAAUCGGCAUGCCAGAUUUUGUAAAAGUUUGGUCACCCAAUAAUUGGUGGAAAAUAGAAGGGACUUUUAUUGCUUCAGUGCCUGUAAGACAAAUGGGUGCCCUGCAAACUUUGGAACAAUACAAAUUAAAAGGUUAUGCCGCUUUAGCUGUUAAAAAAUGGCCAAAACUUUAGCUGAAGCUGGUUUUGAUUGUUGCGGUUCGGUCGAUCGAGGAAAUGUAGCUUCAGAAAGGCUUUUGUCCGAAUUGGGUUUCAAAAAAUUACGCGCUUAUCAUUAUAUUGCUGUACAAAAUGAAUACUAAAUCAUUUGUUGUAAAAAUAACAAUAGAAAGUAUUUUUAAUUACAUACUUACAUAAUUUAAGUUUGCUAUUAUGGAUACUGCUUUGUGUUGUCUAUUUUUAUUCUGAAAUCAAAUGUUUUUAUUUACCAUUAUAAGUUCAUUAUUUUAGUAUUGUG